CAGGUUUAUGGAUCUUGGGUAGCAGAUCGAAUACCCCUGGUCGGGGUUCUAGGCAUGCGUCUGCACAGAUCUGUUCCUGUGCUUUCUCAGGGAGUUUCUUGAGCAGAUGGUGUAGUUUCUUUUGCUAAUCCUCAGUGGAAUCAGAGGAUGAUGACCUGCAGAAUGUGGAGUUAGAGAGCUGCCUAGCAGCCUCUUGUUCAUAUUCCAACUUAUUCAUGAUGACGACAUGAAGACAUCUCCAAGUGGUCUCUUCCCUGAUUCUUUGUUAAAUCUCUUAGUGGUGGCAGCAUACUGAAUUCCAGAUAUGGGGAAUUUUGUGUCUUUGGAAAGUUUUAACCUAAGAUGGUAGAAAUAAGCUUAGGGGGUCUUUCAUGCGGGUCCCCACAUCUGUACCCCAGAGUUCAGAGUGAGGAAGGAACAUCGUGAAUAAGUUGGAAUAUGAUCAAGAGGCUCAUACCUCCCGAAGUACGAGGCUCCCAUAAGAGGCAGCGGGACUAUAAGAGACUCCCUCAGAGGCGGUCUCGGCCUGUCCCCCAGCCUGGGUCCUCCAAGGGCAAGCAGGCGGGGAAAAGGCGCUUUUGACAGGACACUCGGGGCACCCUGCCAGUCCUCAUCAGGGAUCUACCCCCAAUAAAGCUCCCCUUCUCCAACCAGUUGUGUGCUUUCCUCACGGAAUGGUCGCAGCUAACCUCGGACUGAUGGGUCCUCAACACCAUCUCCCAGGGUUACACCUCCGUUUUACUUCCUCCACGCCCAACCACCCCCCGCCCCUGUCCCUCUUGGGGGACCCCUCGCACAAAGCUCUGCUCGAGCAGGAGGUGGGGCGGCUCCUAGGACUAGGAGCGAUAGAGGCGGUGCCCGAGGAGUUCAUGUGCAAGGGGUAUUGCUCCCGUUAUUUCCUUAUCCCAAAGGCCAAAGGGGGGCUCAGGCCCAUCCUGGAUCUGCGAGGUCUUAACUAGUGCAUGGUGAAACUCAAGUUCCGAAUGGUUUCCCUGGCCUCCAUCAUCCCUUCCCUGGAUCCCGGGGACUGGUACGCUGCCCUCGAUCUACAGGACCCAUACUUCCACAUCCACAUAUUGGAGGGGCACAGACGCGUCCUCAGUUUCGUGAUGGGACGGAAUCACUACAAAUUCACUGUCUUCCCAUUUGGUCUGUCCACUGCCCCCAGGGUGUUUACAAAAUGCAUGUCGGUGAUAGUGGCCUACCUCAGACAGUGGGGGGGUCCAGAUAUUUCCCUAUCUGACUGAUUGGCUUGUCAAGGGCACCUCCCAGUCACAGGCAAGGGAUCACAUGGCGCUCCUCCUGUCCAUGUGCACUGUCUUGGUCCUGUUGGUAAACAACACCAAGUCCACGUUAGUCCCGGCCCAAUGUAUAGAGUUUAUCAGGGAGCUCCUGGACGCAGCGUCAGCCAAGGCCUCUCUCCGGCCAGACAGAUUCGAGACCCUGAAAGGUCUCAUCGACUCGGUCACAAGGUUCCCGGUGACAACAGCCAGGGUUUGCCUGCAGCUCUUGGGUCACAUGUCGGCGUGCACAUACGUGGUCCAUCUCGCCAGACUCAGGAUGAGGCCCCUCCAGCUCUGGUUGGCCUCAAAGUUCUCCCAGGCCAUGGGCAGGAUGGACAAGGUCCUCACUGUGCCAGACUCUGUGAUCACCUCUCUACGGUGGUGGUCUGCCCCAAACAACAUGCUCCAAGGGAUCCCAUUCAGGGACAGGGCCCCGUCGUUGGAGCUGGUGUCUGAUGCGUCUGACCUGGGUUAGGGGUCCCAUGUGGGGAACUUUCAGACCCAAGGCCUGUGGUCGGCUCAAGACCCGACCCUACAUAUAAAUAUCAGGGAGCUCAGGGCGGUGCAGCUGGCGUGUAUGGCCUUCCACUCGCACCUGGAGGGCAAGGUAAUCAGGGUCCUCACGGACAACACGGCCUCAAUGUUCUAUAUCAACAGGCAAGGCAGGGCCCGAUCUCCUGCCCUCUGCCACGAAGCCCUCAGGCUCUGGGACUUCUGUAUAGCCCAUGACAUCCACCUGAAGGCCUUCCACCUACUGGGUGCCCGGAACGAGAGGGCGGAUCGCUUGAACAGGGACUUUUCCUCACAACACGAGUGGUCCCUCCACCCGAAAGUGGCCCACCGGCUCUUCCGAAGGUGGGGAACACCCCAGGUGGACUUCUUCGCGAGUCGGCGGAACGGGCGAUGCCCCCAGCUCUGCUCCAUGGGGGGCCUAGGGAGAAGCUUCAUCUCUGAUGCCCUUAUCCCUCUAAUCAGCAGGGUCCUGGAGAAGAUAAAGACGGACAAGGCCUGGGUCCUCCUGAUUGCCCUGGCAUGGCCCAGGCAACAUUGGUACAGGACCCUCACGGGCCUGGCAGUAGCUCUGCCUGCAGUUGCCACUCCGCCUGGACCUGCUCUCUCAGGACAAGGGCCACCUCCUCCAUCCCAACCUAGCGGCUCUUCACCUCAUGGCAUGGCUGCUUAGUGGUUAGGUGGAGAGGAAAGGACGUGCGCAGAGCAGGUUCAGCGCUUCCUCCUCGAAAGUAGCUGGCACUCCACUUGCCGCGCUUAUUUGGCAAAGUAGUCCCAGGUUUCUAUGUGGGCAGCGGACCAGGGUGUCUCCCCUGUGGCCGCCCCAAUCCAGCUUAUCCUUGAUUACCUCCUCCACCUGAGGGCCCAGGGCCUGGUGCCCUCAUCAGUCAAGGUGCACCUGGCAGCCAUAUCGGCUUUCCAUCCGCCGGUGCAAGGGCACACUGUCUUUUUCCAUGCUAUGACUGGCCAGUUCCUUAAGGGUUUGGACCGACUUUUUCCAUAUUCUAGACCCCCGGUCCCACAGUGGGAACUAAAUCUGGUGUUGGCUCGUCUCACGGGGCCCCUGUUUGAACCACUGGCCACGUGCUCCUGGUCUCACCUCUCAUGGAAGGUGGCUUUCCUGGUUGCAAUCACGUCGGCCAGGCAAGUCUCGGAGCUCAGGGCCCUGACCUCCGAGUCGCUGUACACGGUCUUUCAUAAAGACAAGGUCCAGCUCCGCCCACACCCCGCGUUCCUCCCGAAGGUGGUCUCUGCCUACCACAUGGGUCAGGACAUUUUUCUACCUGUCCUCUGCCCCAAGUCUCAUGCGCCCAGUGAGGAACACUGUCUCCACACGCUCGAUGUAUGGCGGGCUCUGGCUCUCUACCUCGAGCGGACCAGGCCGUUCAGAAGGUCCUCGCAACUGUUCGUCUCCUCGGCUCAGCGCGCAAGGGACCAGCCGAUUUCCACUCAGCGGCUUUCCAGUCGGAUCACUUCGUGCAUCGGUUCCUGUUGUGAGCUGACGGGUGUCCCCCCGCCACCCAUUGUGAGGGCAAACUCGACUUGGGUGCAGGCCUCGUCGGCUGCGUUCAUGGCCCAUGUCCCCAUUCAGGACAUUUGUAGGGCCGCCACAUGGUCUUCGGUUCACACACUCACCUCGCACUAUGCGAUUGUCCCCCGAACCAGGGAUGACGCUGAGUGCGGCAGGGCUGUCCUUUGUCCUGGGAACUUGUGAACUCCUACCCACCUCCAACAGAUAUCGUUUGGAGUCACUUAUUGUGGAAUACACAUGAUCAAUCACUCAAAGAAGAAAAGACAGUUACCUUUUCCAUAACUGGUUCUUCGAGAUGUGGUGUUCAUAUCUAUUCCACAUCCCGCCCUCCUUCCCCUCUGUCGGAGUUGUCCAGCAAGAAAGAACUGAGAGUGGGGAGUGCGCGCCAGGCAGGCACCACUCAAGGGGACGCGGGGGGCGCUCCCCACUACGGGUUCUGCUAGGGGAAAAACUUUCAGCACUGGUGCACGUGGCGAGCACGCACACCUAUUGUGGAAUAGACAUGAGCAACACAUCUUGAAGAACACCAGUUACGGAAAAGGUAACUCUCUUUUAUUUCGUAUUCUGUCUCAUCCUCAUUAAAAUUGUGGCCUGUCCAUAUCUUAUUUACUUCACGCUAUUCAAAACCUGCUUUGAAUACAGAAUUUUAAUUUCCUCGUGGGCUUUUGUAUGGUGUUCUCAGCAUAGUGUCUAAGUACUUCACAAAUAACUAUUUUUCACACGCCCCUGUGUGAUGGGGAACUGAGGCACAGAAAGUAAGGUCAAAAGUGUGCAUUAAUUGUAGGUGUGCAGCUUGGGAUGAUUAGAGCCCUUAGCUCAUUGUCCCAUUCUCCUUGCGUAGCUUGUCCUAGUCCCCACACCUUCUCCAUCCUGUCCCUAAACUGGUUCACAGUCUCAGCCUCCCCUCUUCUCCACCCAGGUCCCAGUUUUCUGGCCUAAUCAGUCCCUAGAACCUAACUUCCCUUGUUCCCAGCCCCAGUCUUUCCUUCCCACACCAUGCUCUUGGAUCCAGUCUGCUCCUUCCUCUGUAUUUCACCACAUCCCUCCUCCAAAUUCUAGGUCAGGCUUUUGUGUCCUCUCCAUUUGACUCAGUUUCCUCUUUCAUGUUGCCUGGGUGGCAGUAGGGAGAGUAUUGAGAGCAUAGAACAGAGUCAUCUCUGUUCUGGUGCCCAGUUCCUUAGCCACCCAUAGCAGCCGAGAACAGCAAUUGCAGGGAAAGUCCUGCUCAACCCUGUGAUGGAACUUGCUCAGUUCAGGCAAAAAAUUUAAAGGAAUUUAGCUGUCAAUGUUAACAAGUCUCUACUGAGCAUGUGCAAACUGCAGUUUUUCACAGGCUUAUAACUUGGCAGCGUGUUUUGUUUUGUUUUCCCCAGCAGCAAAAACCACAUACUGACACACAGGCCACCCCUUGGCAAAUUUCAAGUCCAUGUUACAAAGCAUAAAGGUGCUAGGGAGAGAUGCUGAGC